AUGGACGUCUCCAGAGCGCUCUCCACCCUGCAGGGGUCAGUGGACCGCGCCACGGCCUCGCGUGCGGGCGUGGUCGGCAUGGUGGGCACCGGCGCGCUGCUCUGCUACGGCGUGUACCUCGUGCUGGCGCCGGGAGGCAAGGGGCGGCCGUCAUCCCUCCGGCUGCGCGGCGGGGGGAUCAGCCAAAAGAGCGGCGAGGCGGGCGCCGUGCAGGAGGCCUUCGACGGCUACUCCGCGUCAUACGGCAAGGACAGUGGCAAGGAGGCGCGCACGGCGCCGGGGACGCCCGACCUGGUGGCGACGUUCUACGACAUGGUGACGGACUUCUACGAGUGGGGUUGGGGCCUGAGCUUCCACUUCUCGCCGCUGCUGCCGGGGCGAGGCAACCAGACCAGCGACGUGGCGCACGAGGUGAGGAUCGCGGCCAUGCUGCGGCUGAAGCCGGGGAUGAGGUGCCUGGACGCGGGCUGCGGCGUGGGGGGCCCCAUGAGGAUGAUCGCCACGUUCAGCGGUGCGGAGGUGGUGGGCGUGACCAUCAACGAGUACCAGGUCCAGAGGGCGAACUACCACAACGCCAAGAUGGGCCUGAGCGAAAUCUGCCGGGCUGAGCAGGGCAACUUUCUUGACCUCAAGCAAGAUGACAACAGCUUCGACGCUGCCUAUGCUGUUGAAGCGACAUGCCACGCCCCCAAGGUUGAAGAGGCUUACAGUGAAAUCUUCAGGGUGUUGAAGCCUGGCAGUCUCUUUCUGACAUAUGAAUGGGUUGCAACACCAAAGUUUGACCCUAAGAAUGAGGAACACGUUCGUGUUAUUGACAACAUUGUGUAUGGGAAUGGCCUUCCGGCGAUGAGGACGGCAGCUGACUGCAUCAAGGCGGCAAAGUCCGUUGGGUUCGAACUCAUUGAGGACCUUGACCUUGCGAACUGCUCUCCAGUGGUGAAGCCCUGGUACCUCAAAUUGCAAAGGAUCUUGAGCACCAUAGGGAUCAACAAGGCCCUUGUUAACUUCCUGCAGGCGUUCUGGCUGGUUCCCAAGGGAGUGAGGGACGUGCACGAGAUGCUGUGCUCAACGGCCGUGAGUCUGGUGGAGGGCGGCAGGACCGGCUACUUCUCACCCAUGCACAUGAUUGUUCUGAAGAAGCCCGAGAAUGCCGUGAAUCCUGUGAAGAAGGCCACUGCCUGA